AUGGCGAGCGACGCCGUGACGUGGCACGUGUACGUGCAUAAACUUCGCGCCUGGGUGCCGACGGAAGACACGCGCGAGAAGGCGCCCGAGGAGCAAGAACCGACGCGUCCAACGCUGAUUUUGGUCAUCCGCACGCAGACUGGAGAAUUUCUGUCGCACGCGCACGGCGACGACGAGCGCGGGAACGUGGUGUACGACGAACCGACGUGCGAAGAGGUUGUCGAAUUUCUGUCUCGCGUCGCGGAAAAUCCAAAGGUGCUGAAUUCGAGCAAAAAGGGCGACGGCGAGGGGACGACGGCGAAGCCGACGCGCGUGGCGUUCGCGUGCACGGCGACGGCGCGCGCGCUGGCGGGGAAAUCGCUCGAGGAGUGGGAUUCGUUCGAUGGGUGUAAGUAUGUCAAUGGAUGCCGAGAUGGGGUGAUGGCGAAAAUACCGAGCGUGCGAGAUGUGAGUUUCGCGCCGGUGCCGGAGAGCGUGUUGCGAGACGUGGUGCGAGGGCAAAUCGAGCCGCAGAUGCGGCCGAGCGAGAAUGACGAGGUCUGGGGGACGCAGCAUUUGCCGGGAUUGAUGGAAUCCAUCGAUGGGUUCACGCCUCGGUUCGGUGCGAGUUUAUUCGGCGCGGCGAAGGCGUUCGCUGAGUGCGGGAUUCGGCGUAAGCUUGAACGGCGUCGACCGGUGAAAAUCGCGUACCGGUUAAUGCUGCGCGACGACGUCACGAUGCGGUUGACGUGCUUCGUCGCGUUCGAUGGGACGUUCGAGGAUGAAAACUUCGGAUUCAACGUGCACAAGACGCUGAAGGAUGCGCAGGUGGCGUUUGAGGUCGAGCACGGGAACGAGGACGUCGAGCCGAGCUUGGAGGGGCAGACGUGCAUGUUUUCGAGCGCUGUGGAGACGCCUUUCGAGGAUUUAGACGCGCGCGACGCGCACGAUUGGCCGUUAGUCGCGGCGGAGGGUGAAGUCGGCGGCGUGUUGUGGCCGCUAUUCUUUAAAAUCGCCCUAGACGAGGAAUCCGGCGACAAUCUCGAGAUUUCCCGACCGGCGAUCAUCGAGCUUCAGGCGUUCGAACUCGCGAUGAAAGCCGUCGCGCAAUUGGCGCGACGCGACGAAGGAUUCGAAUGCGCGCCCGCGGGCGAAAACGGUGACUUGACCGAGGUUCGCAAGCCCCGCGGACCGUGGACGAUCAAGACGUCGUCGUUCGCGGCCAAGGGCGAGGAGGAAGAAAUCGAGAUCGAAGUGUCCUUACCCGAGCUCGCGGAGAUGAAGGCGAACGAGUACUUGUGA